CAUGGGGACUCUGUCAAGUCGUCUUGCCCUGGAGCAUUACCAAUGCUAUAUAAGAGAGAACAGGAGCUCUAUCAAAGAAUCCAACACCAACAUUUAUCAUUCCAUUCACACCCUCUUCAAUGGCAUUCAGAUUGGUCUUCUUGAAGUUCCUUGCCUGCCUUUUCUUCCUGGACUCUGUGAGAGCCGGGUCGAGCGGCGGUCAGGGAGAUUCGGACGAUUCCCCCUACUCUCACUCUCGUUCUUGUAGCUACUGGCUUGAGGAUAUCAAACACCAAGGCAUUGCAGCCUUCAAUCCAAACCCCCGUGAAUUCCAGGUCUUUCGCAAUGUCAAAGACUUUGGUGCCAAAGGAGACGGCUCUACGGAUGAUACAGCCGCCAUCAAUGCUGCCAUCAGCAGUGGUAAUACUUGUGCCCCUAGCUCAUGUGUGUCGACCACUGUAAGUUGUUGUUCGCUGUAGGCUGCUGGCCUCCUUCUGGGACCCGGCACCUCUGAUUCUAAGAGGUCACCCUCCCCGCUCACAAUUUAAAGACAGCCCAGGCAUUGGUAUACUUCCCACCAGGCACCUACAUGGUGAACUCUACUAUUAUUCAGAACUAUGGGGUCUCUCUGCAUGGGAACCCGAACUGUUUACCAGUCAUUAAGGCACUUCCCGCUUUCCAAAAUGCACCGGGGACAAUAGGAUUGAUUGAUGGUAACCCAUCAUCUGCUGCGGUGCCCGCAAACAUAUUUUUCAGACAGCUCCGGAAUUUUGUCAUUGAUACGACCUUGGCACCUCCAAGUAUCAACAUCACAGGGAUCAACUGGCCAUCAGCACAAGCAACUAGUCUUCAUAACAUAGUCGUCAACAUGCCUACCAUUGAGGGAGUCCAGCACAUUGGGCUUACGGGAGGUGGAGGGGAGGUGUUUUACAGUGACCUCGUCUUCAAUGGCGGUCAUGAUGGAUUUAUAGUCCCUGGUGGCCAAGCAAAUCUUCGCAAUGUCACCUUCAACAAUUGUGUCACUGGGCUCAAUCUCCAGACUUGUACCGGGAUUACGGCUCAGGGUGUUGCCUUCAAUGGUUGUUCCACAGGCAUUCAAAUGUCCAUUGCCACCGGGGCAGUCUCUUUGAUUGACAGCUCGCUCAAGAAUGUUCAGGUUGGCAUUGAUUCCAUCCGUGGGAGUCCCCUCUUCCAGUCGGCAGCGGCGGGGAGUUUAAUACUCGAGAAUGUAGACUACCAAAAUGUGACCACCCUGGUACAGCUAGCCGGUAAAGGCGCGGCGCUCGCAGGUGGAAAUGGCACCAUCGUAGGAUGGGGCCAAGGUAAUAAGCUGCAGAAUAACAUCGCCUCCAACUUUUCAGGAUCGUUAAUUCCAGUGAAGCGACCAAGCGGGCUCCUUCAGCCUGGUUCUCAAAAAUGGUUCGCCCAGGCCAAACCCGGAUAUGAAAGCCUUGCCGUCGAUUCAUUCAUCAGCGCACGGUCUGCUGGUGUAAAGGGAGAUGGAAUAGCAGACGAUACAGCGGCUCUUCAAGCAGCCAUUCUCAACGCUGUUGCACAGUCGAAGGUUCUCUUUCUCGAUCACGGUAGCUACAAGGUAACGAGAACACUAUACAUCCCCGGUAACACGAAGAUCGUUGGCGAGGCCUUCCCAAACAUCUUUGCUGCUGGGGAAUACUUCAAGUCUCUUGAUCACCCAAAGCCUCUGCUUCAAGUUGGCCGACCCGGCGAGCGCGGAGCAACUGAACUCGUCGACUUUGUCCUAGGUACCCAAGGUGGCACUGCUGGUGCCAUUCUCAUCGAGCACAAUCUUGCCUCUUCCACUUCAGGAGUCGGUGGUUACUGGGACGUGCAUACUCGCAUUGGUGGCUGGGAAGGCUCAGAGUUGCAGGUUGCACAGUGCCCGACGACGCCAGGAGUGAAGAAGCCGCCUGUUAAUGCCAACUGCAUGGCCGCAUUCAUGUCGAUGCACAUUACUAAGAGCGCUACUGGAGCUUAUCUGGAAAACUGCUGGCACUGGGCUGCAGACCACGACAUCGACGAUCGCAAUGUCACCCAGAUUCAGAUCUUUACUGGAAGAGGCAUACUGGUCGAGAGUGCGGCUGGGGACAAUUGGUUCAUCAAUAUACCCUCGGAGCACCACUCCAAGUACCAGUACAACUUCGCCAACACCAAGAAUAUCUUCAUGUCUAUGGCACAGACAGAAGUGCCCUACUACCAGCCGAAUCCAAUCGCCUCUUAUCCUUACCCUUAUAAAAAGCAAUUAAGUGAUCCUUUCUUUUCUGGGCCUCUUAACGGCACCAAUGGUGCUUCUCGACAAGUCGCUUGGGCGCAAAUCAUGACCAACUCACACGACAUUGUAGUGUAUGGGUCUUCUUAUUUUACAUAUUUUCACGACUGGAGCACUGAUUGUACAACCUCUUCAACAUGCGCCGAGGUUUCAUUUAGCAUCGACACCAAAAGUACCGGCAUUACGAUCUAUGGCCUUGCAUCUGACGCAACCCAAUACCUAGUCAAUCUUGGAGGUGUCAAUGUGGCACCCUAUACCCAAAAUUCACUGUAUUCAUAUUUCAGUCAAAUUGCUUUCUUUAAACAAGGAUAAUUUUGAUUGUUUACAUGUCAAGAUACCUUUGAAUAUCAGGUUAACUUUAUUAUCAUUACGCUGCAGGCAUAUUGUGUGUCAACACAACACAAGCUUCUUCCAAAGGGAAAAAAGGCGAAUUUCUUUAAAUUUCAAGAUUCUUAGAACUACCAACCUAACAAAAAUCGCUCAAAAAAGUGUCAAGAAUUUCUCGGGGAAGUGAGGCGUACACUCUACCUCCCCGCAAAAUAUGACGUCUUUAGAGACAAAUAGUUACAAAUUUCAAUGUUUUGGUGUAGAUUACUAGUUUUAGAUAUAAAUUAUAUAAUUACUCAUUUAAUUCUUUAC